AUUGUAUUCCUCAUUUGUAAGUCUCUUUGGAUAAAUAUCCCUGCUAAAUGUAAAAUUUAAAUGCUUCUUUUAUAGAAUACAUGUCAAUAAUUCCUGUUGUAGGUCGACGCUUGGUGUUCGCAAACACAUCAAAGGAUUAUGGGAUAUUAUCAAGCCAAUGCUUGUGUCUCAGACAGCAGCCCUACACCAUGUGCUUUGAAGAUUGUCUUCGAGCACUUCGAGCAGUGUAACAAUGCCGUGUUGCUUAUGAUUGAUGGAGAAAAGAUGUUUCCAAGCUGCCGUGUUCCUCCGAUCGUGAUGUAUGAGCGUAAAGACGCCCGCUGGGCUCUCAAAGACAAACACACAAUAAUGCUUCGGCAGUGGGAAGAAACCUGUUCCAUAGUUAAUCAGCUGUUGGUGAUCAGGGAUCAGGCACUAUUGGUGGACUUUGACAGCCAUUUGGAUGACAUCACAAAAGAUUGGACCAAUCAGAAACUCAAUGCCAAAAUCAUGCCCCAUGUUGUCUAA